CGGAGGCAGCGGAGGAAGCCGAGGCGCGGCCAUCUUGAGUCUGUAAGGCUCCUAAGGUGCCGGGGAGCGGCGGUGGCAGCCGGCAGGGCGAGGCCGGGCGGAAAGCGAGCCGGAGAAGGGAAAGCAGCCGGGCGUGGGCGCCUCCUCCGCGGCCCGCUCCAUGGUCGGCGCCUGCAGCUCGCGGCGGCCUGUCUUGCGCUUCAUCUCCGCUCCAUCCUCCUGCGCUGCUGCCUCUUCAGGGGCUGCCGGCCGCUCUGUGUCGAGCCCCCGGGGCUGAGCUCCGCGGCGCUGCGGCUGCGAACGACGAGGAGGCGAGGGGCCCGCGAGGCCCGCGAAGCGCCCUGAGGCUUGCGGCGGCCAGCCGGCCCGCUUCCACCGCGGCCGCCGGCGCUGGGGGAGAAUGAGCCCCGGGGCCCGCGGGCGCACGGCCCGGGCCAGGCCGGAGAUCUAGACUCUGGCCCGGGAGGGCAGGGCCCGGAGGCUUGCGGCCGCUGCUCGCCGGCCGCCCAGAGCUGGGCAGGUUUGUUUUCGCCUUGGCGUUGUGCAGAAUCAAAGCGCAGUAAGAUGUCCACUAGGACCCCUUUGCCAACGGUGAAUGAACGAGACACUGAAAACCACAUUUCACACGGAGACGGGAGGCACGAAGUCACCCCCCGCACCGGGCGCUCUGGAGCUCGGUGUAGAAGCUCGGUAGCUUCCUGUGCAGACGAGCAGCCUCACAUUGGAAACUACAGACUGUUGAAAACAAUCGGCAAGGGGAACUUUGCAAAAGUGAAAUUGGCGAGACACAUCCUCACAGGCAGAGAGGUUGCAAUAAAAAUAAUUGACAAAACUCAGUUGAAUCCAACAAGCCUACAAAAGCUCUUCAGAGAAGUAAGAAUAAUGAAGAUUUUAAAUCACCCAAACAUAGUGAAGUUGUUCGAGGUCAUUGAAACAGAAAAAACACUCUACUUAAUCAUGGAGUAUGCGAGUGGAGGUGAAGUGUUUGACUAUUUGGUUGCGCAUGGAAGAAUGAAGGAAAAAGAAGCAAGAGCUAAAUUUAGACAGAUUGUGUCCGCAGUACAGUAUUGCCACCAAAAACGGAUUGUUCACAGAGACCUCAAGGCUGAAAAUCUGUUGUUAGAUGCGGAUAUGAACAUUAAAAUAGCAGAUUUUGGUUUUAGCAAUGAGUUUACUGUUGGCAGUAAACUAGACACAUUUUGUGGCAGUCCUCCAUAUGCAGCCCCUGAGCUCUUCCAGGGCAAGAAGUAUGACGGGCCAGAGGUCGACGUGUGGAGCCUCGGCGUCAUCCUGUACACUCUCGUCAGCGGCUCACUUCCCUUCGAUGGUCAGAACCUGAAGGAACUGAGAGAGAGAGUACUCCGAGGGAAGUACAGAAUCCCUUUCUACAUGUCCACGGACUGCGAGAACCUUCUCAAACGCUUCCUGGUGCUGAACCCAGUUAAACGUGGCACUCUAGAGCAAAUCAUGAAGGACAGGUGGAUCAAUGCAGGUCAUGAGGAAGAUGAGCUUAAACCAUUCGUUGAACCAGAACUAGACAUCUCAGACCAGAAGAGAAUAGAUAUUAUGGUGGGAAUGGGAUAUUCCCAAGAAGAAAUUCAAGAAUCUCUUAGUAAAAUGAAAUACGAUGAAAUCACAGCUACAUACUUGUUACUGGGGAGGAAGUCUGCAGAGCUGGACGCUAGUGACUCCAGUUCUAGCAGCAACCUUUCACUUGCUAAGGUGCGGCCAAGCAGUGACCUCAGCAAUAGCACUGGCCAGUCUCCUCAUCACAAAGGGCAGAGAAGUGUUUCUUCAAGUCAGAAGCAGAGACGGUACAGUGACCAUGCUGGACCAGCUAUUCCUUCAGUUGUGGCAUAUCCAAAGAGGAGUCAGACCAGCACUGCAGAUAGUGACCUCAAAGAAGAUGGAAUCCCCUCCCGAAAAUCAAGCGGCAGUGCUGGAGGAGGAAAGGGGAUUGCUCCUGCCAGUCCCAUGCUCGGGAAUGCGAGCAAUCCCAAUAAAGCGGAUAUUCCUGAACGCAAGAAAAGCCCUGCUGUCCCCAGUAGUAACACAGCAUCUGGUGGGAUGACACGGCGGAACACUUACGUUUGCAGCGAGAGGUGUGCAGCAGACAGACAUUCAGUGAUCCAAAACGGCAAAGAGAACAGCCUGACAGAAGUGUUCGCUCACGCAGCUAGCCCUGCCUCCCUCUGUGCCACAUCUACCUGUCGGCUGAGACAUCAGAGGUCGAUGUCCGUGUCAGCCUCUGGGCACCCCAAGAUGGUGUUACCUCCAAUAGACAGUGAAGGAGAUACCUUCAAGGCUAUCACUGUUCCAGAUCCAAGAACUCCAGUUGCUUCUACCCACAGUAUUAGCAGUGCGACUACCCCAGAUCGCAUCCGCUUCCCAAGGGGCACAGCCAGCCGGAGCACUUUCCACGGCCAACCUCGGGAACGGCGAACCGCGACGUAUAAUGGCCCACCUGCCUCACCCAGCUUGUCCCAUGAAGCCACACCCCUGUCCCAGACUCGAAGCCGAGGUUCCACUAAUCUUUUUAGUAAAUUAACUUCCAAACUCACGAGAAGACUUCCAACUGAAUAUGAGAGGAACGGGAGAUAUGAGGGCUCAAGUCGCAAUGUAGCUUCGGAACAAAAGGAUGAAAACAGAGAAGCCAAACCCCGCUCGCUGCGCUUCACCUGGAGCAUGAAAACCACGAGUUCCAUGGACCCCAGUGACAUGAUGCGGGAGAUCCGCAAAGUGCUGGACGCCAAUAACUGCGACUAUGAGCAGAGAGAGCGCUUCCUGCUCUUCUGCGUCCAUGGCGACGGCCACGCAGAGAACCUGGUACAAUGGGAGAUGGAAGUCUGUAAGCUGCCAAGACUGUCUCUCAAUGGAGUCCGGUUUAAGCGGAUAUCAGGGACAUCCAUAGCUUUCAAAAAUAUUGCUUCCAAAAUUGCCAAUGAGCUAAAGCUGUAACCCAGUAAUUAUGGUGUAAAUUAAGUAGCAAUUUAAGGUGUUUUCCAGAGCACUGACGGAAAUGUAUAGAGUAAUAUUUAGGCAAUAACGUCUGCAUCUUCUAAAUCAUGACAUUAAAGUCUGAGGACGAGAGCGCGGCUGGGAGCGAAGGCUGGCCUUCUCUACGAAUGCACUACAUUAAAGUCUGUGACCCGUG